CGGAGUAGCCGCUGCCGUGGACCGUGUGUAGGAGCUGCCUGCGGCACCAGCGUCGCUCAUGGCGGUCAGGACCUGCAUUUGGCGCUGGCUCCAGGCCCGGGGCUUGCGGGGAGCACAGGCCCCUGACCCGAUUUUCCGCUAUAUGGGCAAAGGGCGCAGGAAGAGCCGCGUGUUCGUCUGGGGGUUCGCCCACACCGGGGCCCUGGGCCUCCCGCACUUGGUGCUCGGCCGCGGCGGGGGCCAGAAACCCCGGCAGAUCCAACUGAGGCCGCGCGGAGUGGAGCUGGAGCAGAGGAUCUCAUCUGCAGCCUGUGGCUAUGGGUUCACUUUAUUGGCUUCACAAACCCAUGACAUUACCAAGGUCUGGGGAAUGGGCUUGAACAAAGAUUCCCAGAUUGGAUUUCACCGGAGUCGGGCAGACAGGACAAAGGGCUAUGAGUUUGUUUUGGAACCAUCGCCAGUGCCGUUACCUCUGGGGAGGCCUCAGGAAACCCGUGUAAUCCAGGUGUCAUGUGGGAGAGCACAUUCGCUACUGCUGACUGAUAAUGAAGGAGUUUUCAGUAUGGGAAACAAUGCCUAUGGACAGUGUGGGCGAAGCAUCGUGGACAAUGAGAGUUAUAGUGGUAGCCAAAUUAUUCACCGAAUUGAAGAUUUAGAUGACAAAAUCGUUGAGGUUACAUGUGGACAGGAUCACAGUCUCUUCAGAACAGAAAAGGGCGAGAUCUAUUCCUGUGGCUGGGGAGCUGAUGGACAAACAGGUCUUGGUCACUAUGGUGUUACUUGUAAAUUGACCAGGAUAGCAGGCGAUAUUGCUGGAGUCAAUAUUGUACAGACAGCAACAUAUGGAGACUUCUGUUUAGCCGUAUCCAAAGAUGGGGAUGUGUUUGGCUGGGGAAACUCUGAGUAUCUUCAGCUGUCUUCAGUUACUGAGGCCACACAAGUUAAUGUUCCAAAGUACCUUCCUUUUAAAGGAGUUGGGAAGAUUAAACAGGCAGCAUGUGGUGGAACUCAUGCUGCAAUCCUUAACAGAGAAGGCAAUGUCUUUGUCUGGGGUUAUGGAAUUCUAGGAAAAGGCUGCAAUCUCUCUGAAUCUGGAAUGCCAGAGAUGAUCCCAUCGACACUGUUUGGUUGUUCAGAGUUCACGCCUGAGGUUCGAGUUGACCGUAUUCGUUGUGGCCUGAACCAUUUUGCUGCUAUCACCAAUCGUGGUGAGCUUUUUGUGUGGGGCAAGAAUCUCCGAGGUUGCCUUGGCAUUGGGAGUAUGGACGAUCAGUACUUUCCCUGGCGGGUGACAGUACCAGGCAAUGUCAUGGACGUAGCUUGUGGGGUGGACCACAUGGUGGCACUUACAAAAUCAUUCAUUUGAACUGAUAGUCGCUGAACACGAUGAGAUUACAACACGGAUCUUCUCUGAUUCUGGACCAAAAUCAGCUGCCCAGGAUCUUAGAUUGCCCUCCACUAUCCACAGAAGAAAUGUAUGUGCAUAAACAUUUCUUUUACUGUUAUCACAGUAUGGAUCUACCUUGUACAUGUUAAGGAGUCCUCUUAUUGGUCUUAUGUUCACCUGAAUGGAGCAGUUUGUAUUUGUGUAUUUUGAAGUAAACUUUUCAAAUAUGUUCUGCUCUCCACCCAUUCAUCAACCUAUUUUGUUACUUCUCCUCUCGCUAACUUCUCUUUCUAGCUUUCUUUCUGUAACUCUUUGGAUCUCUGACUUUCCUCCUCUGCACCCUUAAAACUGGAUGGAAGGUGCCAUUCUAACUAAAUCUAACAGUGUGCUGUGAUUUUAUUCCGAGUGUUAUACUGACAGUUAUGACUAUUAAUAUAAAGAUUGUCACAGAUCCAUUAUUUCACAUGAUCAAAAUCUGGGAUAGUUUUCUCACCAUACUGAGAAACUUGCUUCAUUUUAUUUGGGGAAUAAAUAUUUUGGUGCUAAAGAUCUUUAUGAA